GAAGUCAUUGCUUCAUUCUCCGCUUCCCCACGCAUCCAGUACCUUCUUCCUUAACAGCUCGCCGGUACCAACUUGUCACUUCCAUUUCUGGGUUCUUCCCAAGUAGUCCUCAUUCAUCUUUCCUCUUCUGGAUAACCCACUUUCGCUACACCUGUUGGGUACGUUUUCAAUCCUUCAUAUUCUUUCUGAAUCCAAAUAGCUCGACUUUCUGAUCGGAAGGUGUGUAGCCGAGUUUGACUGUGACAGAAAGAAGAAGGAUGAGUGCUACGGCUGAUGGAGUCAAGUACUCACCCGAUUGGUUGGUGAAGCACUCGAAUGCUUCCGCAGAGGAGAAGCUCGACGAGCUUCGGAGUUUAAUGGGCAAAGCAGAAGGUGAUCCAGUGAAGAUAGUUGGAGUAGGGGCGGGAGCUUGGGGGAGUGUCUUUGUUGCCAUGCUGCAAGAUACUUACGGGCAUCUACGAGACAAGGCAGUAGUGAGAAUAUGGAGAAGAUCGGGAAGGGCAGUGGAUAGAGCCACAGCCGAGCAUUUGUUUGAAGUCAUCAAUUCCAGGGAAGAUGUGUUGAGGAGGCUGAUCAGAAGAUGUGCUUACUUGAAGUAUGUCGAGGCGAGGUUGGGGGACAGGACAUUGUUUGCGGAUGAGAUAUUGAGAGAUGGGUUUUGUUUGAAUAUGAUUGAUACGCCUCUUUGCGCUUUGAAAGUUGUCACUAACUUGCAGGAGGCUGUGUGGGAUGCUGACAUUGUGGUCAAUGGGCUGCCGUCCACGGAGACGAGUGUUGUGUUUGAGGAGAUCAGUAGGUAUUGGAGGGAUAGGAAGACAAUGCCGAUUAUAGUUUCGCUUUCUAAAGGUGUUGAGGCUGAGUUGGUGCCUGAACCGCGCAUAGUUACUCCCACUCAGAUGAUCCAGCGAGCAACUGGUGCUCCUGUUGAAAACAUUCUCUACCUUGGAGGACCCAACAUUGCCUCAGAGAUAUACAACAAUGAAUAUGCCAAUGCUCGGUUAUGUGGAGCUGAAAAGUGGAGAAAGCCAAUGGCUAAGUUUCUGAGGCAGCCACACUUCAUUGUGUGGGACAACGGCGACCUUGUUACUCAUGAAGUUAUGGGUGGCUUAAAAAAUGUCUAUGCCAUUGGAGCUGGAAUGGUAGCUGGGUUAACCAAUGAGAGCGCCACCAGCAAAUCUGUAUACUUUGCACAUUGUACAUCAGAGAUGAUAUUUAUCACUCAUUUAUUGGCAGAAGAACCAGAGAAGCUAGCAGGGCCUUUAUUGGCUGACACGUAUGUUACCCUGUUGAAAGGUCGUAACGCCUGGUAUGGACAAAAGCUGGCCAAGGGGGAGUUAAACCUUGAAAUGGGUGAUAGCAUCAAGGGAAAGGGUAUGAUUCAGGGAGUCUCUGCUGUUAAAGCAUUUUAUGAGCUGCUUAGUCAAGCCUCUUUAAGUGUCAAACAUCCUGAAGAAGAUAGGCGCAUUGUUCCUGUUCAGCUUUGUCCUAUCUUGAGGAUACUCUAUAGUAUACUAAUAAAAAGGGAGUUCCCACCUCAGGCUAUUCUUGAAGCUUUAAGGGAUGAGACAAUGCAUGACCCUCGGGAGCGUAUUGAGAUUGCACAAACACAUGCUUUUUACAAGCCAUUUCUUCUUGGUCAGCAGCAGCUUUGAUAUACCUUCCUCUAGCGUGGAAGCCACAAUAAGUGUCGGCAUAAUGCUCAAAAUAGCAAUUCGGUGUAUGUGGAGAGUGCCUGGGUAACACAUAGUUUCCUGUGCUGUGUAUUGUAGGGUUGGUGUACAUUUUCAGUUACAUUAAAAGUGGUCACUAUCUAUUCAGAAUUGUCAUGAAAUAUCUCUACCAAGGUGAAUACUAAGUUCCUAA